GGUCCAUACAAGCAAGCGGCCAAGCAGCGAGGGAGGACAGGAAGGAGGAUCCCAGGAGAGAGAGAGAGAGAAGCAGAGACAGAGUGCGAGCAGGCGAAAUCUGAAGGGCCUGAGGCGGAGGCGAAGGCGGAGACAGAGAGGGAGAGAGCGAGAAUGCAGGAGCAGGCGGCGAGCUCGCGGCCUUCCAGCAGCGAGAGGUCCUCCAGCUCCGCACACCACAUGGACAUGGAGGUCAAGGAAGGGAUGGAGAGCGACGAGGAGAUAAGGAGAGUGCCGGAGCUGGGGCUGGAGCUGCCGGGCGGCGCCUCCACGUCGGGCAGGGAGGCCGGCCCGGGUGCCGGCGGCCCGGAGCGCGCCCAGUCGUCCACGGCGCAGGCCAGCUCGCGCCGCCGCGUGCGCAGCCCCGCUGACAAGGAGCACAAGCGCCUCAAAAGAUUACUGAGGAACCGGGUGUCAGCCCAACAGGCAAGAGAGAGGAAGAAGGCUUAUCUGACUGACCUAGAGGUGAAGGUGAAGGACCUAGAGAAGAAGAACUCAGAGAUGGAAGAGAGGCUCUCCACCCUCCAGAAUGAGAACCAGAUGCUCCGACAGAUACUGAAGAACACCACCGUAAGCAGAAGAGGGCCAGGCAGCACUGCUAGUGGAGAGGGCCAAUAGCACAGAAGAUAACAGGACAAAACAGUGAUGCUUUUAUGCCAAAAAAAUAUAUAUUUAUGUGGAAUGGAUUUGGUCAGGGCGUUUUCUGGCCAAAGAAGAGAACCCCAAAACUGGGGUGAAGAAAUUGUGCAGGUCAAAUAGUAUCUCACUGUAUUACUAUCCAUCCGGUGUGCAGAUGGUUCAGGAAAAAAAACUUGUGGAAUGCUUUAACAAAUAUCGUAUCAUUUUUGAGACAUUUAACAUGCUUUACAUACCCCCAUCGUCUGCAAUUAGUUUGUAAAUGAGAUUGUGCAUUGGAGUAAUCAA